AUGAAUUCCCAAUACCGCAGUUCGCAGCCACAACAGGCUCGCACGAAGAAAAAGGAGGAAGAUCCUGCCGACUUUAUGCGCCUGUCUGAGAAAGAAAUCGCAUCAUGCAUCAGCGAGAUGGGGAUACCAUUUCAACCGUCCGACCUCCUCAAACCCAAUCCGCAAGUCAUUCAGAUGGUCUUCGAGCACCUGGCGGAAAUAGGCACAAAUGCAACUCGAGACGCCAUUGACCCUGCCAUGCGUGCCGCCUCGGAAGACAUCUGCGCGGAGUUCCCUGAACUAGUACCAACGGAAACGAGACUUCUCAUGGGCUUCUUCGUUCAAUUACGCACCAUGCUGGAACAAUGUGGGAUCAACGACUUCUCGUUCAAUGACCUUGUCCGCCCGAGCCACGACCGCCUCGUCAAGAUCUUCUCAUACACAAUCAACUUCGUCCGAUUUAGAGAGACGCACACCAAUCUGAUAGAUGAAAACUUCAACAAGGCGGAAAACACGAAAGCCAGGAUUGAGACGCUGUACACAGAAAACCAGGACAUGGAGCAGAGACUAGAAGAGAUGAAGCACAACAGAAAAGCAAUGGAAGUGGCGGUCAAGGAGAAAAUGCGACGCAACGACGAGUUGAAAGCUCGCUUGCUUGAACUGCGUAAGGGUCAGGAAAGAAUUGCAGAACAACUUGAGCGAGCAAAGGCCGAGAAGACCCGCGCGCAAACAUUACUUGAAGAGAAAACUGAACGGCUGGUACGUGCGCGACAAGAAAGCGAGAAAUUGCGGCCCUAUGUCCUCCAAAGCCCGGCUGCGCUGCAAAGUGCCUUGACGGAGUUGUCGGAGAAUUUGAUGCGCGAGAAGAGCCAGAUUGAUGCUUUGGAACGAAGAGGUCGCGCGCUGCAGACAUCUGGCGAUAGCUUCACGGUGGUACAAAACGACGUGCAAGCAUGUGUGAAAGUGCUGGAAGAAAUUGCCGUGGAAUUGCAGAAAGAGGAAGAAGAGGACGCGCGAGCGGCCAAGAACAGAGACGCUCUGGCAGAACGCGGCAAUAACGUUCGAGAGGUCGAACAGAAUGAAAAGCUAUUACAGAGACAGCUCAAGAAGUGGGAAGAGCGGACAGAGGAGUUGCGGCGGAAACACAGAGAGCGCGAUGAAGCCAACAAAGCUAAGAUGGAUGAGUUGCGGGAGAAUCAGCGGCAGCUUCGAGACGAGCGAGCAGAUAAAGGGCGAGAGAUGGAGAGAAGGAGAGUAAGAAUCGAGCAGACCGAGAAAAAGAUGGCCGAUCUCAAAGACAACAUCGACAAUGAAGUCCAUUCGGCCCACGAGGAAUAUUUGAAACUCGAAUCGCAUAUCAAACUGUAUAUCACCGAGAUGGAGCAGAGCCUGUGA